GGACCAAAAAGAAACUCCCGAGGUGCUCCCUCGCGGCAAAAAAAAGAGGGAGGACGACGAAGCAGAAACAGAAGAAGAUUCAGAUUCAUCUUUGACAGCAUCAAAGCCUGCUUGCUCGAGACAGAUAUACAUAUACAGGAGUUUUGUGGAGUGCUGCUGCGUCUCCCUUCGCUCCGCCAUCCUGCACCUUUCAAGACUAAGAAUGAUGCAUACUUCCAGACUGGCCAGCCUUGCCAGCCGCGGCUCGGCGCAACGACUUGGACAGGUCCAGCGACAUUUCAGCACAUCCGGCGCACUUCGACGAGAAAUUCAGGAUGCAUAUAUUCUCGGCGCUGCUAGGACGCCAACUGCAAAGUUCAACGGCCCGUUCACCACGGUCCCGGCACCGAAGCUUGGUGCUGAAGCCAUAAAGGCAGCCAUCAGCAAGUCCAAGGUUCCUGUCGAGAAAAUCACUGAUGUCUACAUGGGAAAUGUGCUCCAGGGCUCCGUCGGCCAGGCCCCUGCCCGACAGGCUUCAAUCUUCGCCGGCCUUCCCACAACGGUUGAAGCUGUCACCAUCAACAAAGUAUGCGCCUCGGGCAUGAAGGCGGUCGUCAUGGCGGCACAGAACAUCCAGCUUGGCCUUGCUGAAGCUCAGGUCGCCGGCGGAAUGGAGAAUAUGUCCCGUGUGCCUUAUUACCUACCCCGCGCCAGCCAGCAAGCCCCCUUCGGAGACAUGAAGCUGGAGGACGGGUUGGUUAAAGACGGACUGUGGGACGUCUAUAACCAAUUCCAUAUGGGUGUCUGUGCUGAGAACACGGCAAAGAAGCACAAUAUCACAAGGGAGGAGCAGGACGCCUAUGCCAUCCAGUCCUAUGAACGUGCGCAAGCCGCGUGGAAGGAGAACAAAUUUGACGAUGAGAUUACUCCUGUCACAAUCAAAACGAAGAAGGGCGAAGUUGUCGUCAACAGGGACGAAGGGUUCGAGGACCUCCGCGCUGAUAAAAUACGCAGCCUGAAACCCGCCUUCGUCCGGGACGGUACCGGAACUAUUACCGCCGGAAACGCCUCGACCUUUAACGACGGUGCAUCUGCUCUUGUCAUCACAAACGAAGCUCUCGCCCGUGAGUACGGCUCCGGCAAUCGUGUACUUGCCCGUAUUGUUUCCCACGCAGAUGCCGCAAUUGACCCAGUCGACUUCCCUGUUGCCCCAGCCAAGGCCGUCCCAAUUGCCCUAAGUCGGGCAGGCCUAACUAAGGACCAGAUCUCCGUCUGGGAGUUCAACGAGGCCUUUGCUGCCGUCAUCAAGGCAAACGAGAAGGUUCGUAUCCCGUUCGCACUCUUCAAAUUCUCUCUCUUUUGACUGUUAACCGUGGCUAACUUUGUCUAACUCCCAUAGAUCCUGAAUCUUGAGAAUGCCUGUGUCAACCCUGUCGGAGGCGCUAUCUCCAUUGGCCACGCGCUUGGAAGUUCUGGCUCGCGAAUCCUUACUACUCUUCUCCACCAGCUGCAGCCAGGCCAGUAUGGCCUCGCAGCUAUUUGCAACGGAGGCGGUGCUGCCACGGCCAUCGUUAUCCAGAGACUGGAGAAGGUUGAGUAACGGCUACUGAGAGACCUGAAUUGACCCCAUGCUUUGCAUCUAUCGGUGGUAUACACCUUACCGUGACCUUAGUUAGCUAGUUAGAAGCGAGUGUAUAAAAUAUUCCCCUUUCCCGUUUAACUCACUGUGUGUCCGCCUCUCGCUGCGCCAAUCAUGUCAGGAACCCAUGCUCUGUUGGUUAUCUGGCUCGGGUCCAGGGGCAACAAGCGAGUUAGUUAGCUAAGCCAGGGGCAAAUCCUCCCGUACCUCGAGUUAACCUUGCAUGUCCCCCAUUUUAGUAAUGGUGAUGGCUGGCGAUGUCCUUCCACGAUACUAAGGGUUGCUCGCGAGCGAAGCGCGCUGCCUGCCCCUGGUCGUCGUCUGGCGCCUAAGGCAGCGCUUGUUCGCGUGUGUUGACAAGGGC